UGUGAGAUGAAUCUCAGAUCAUUGUUUACAAAUAGAAAUCGAUGGAAAUAUUUUAAAAAUCACCAAAAUAGUCGAUUCAAAACUAUUAACUGGCACUCGUUGAAACCAACAUUGAUACCUCCAAGCAAAUAAUUCAACGGUAACGUGCUCAAAAAUUACAACAAGCUCUGAAGUAAGAAACUGUAAUUCUGAAGCAAGCUUGCACUCCAAUUUAAGCAUGGUAAAGAUCCGCAAUCUUCCAGAUGAGAUUGUAGUCUACAUCUUUAGCUUUCUAAAAUUACGCGAAAGGAAAAUUGUAUCACGGGUAUCUCGUCUCUUCAAUCAUUUGGCAUUCGCGGACAUGGGAACCGUUUCUAUGCACGUUAUCGAGCAUCUGAAACCUAAAGAAAGCAAGAUACUGCUCAAAAGUAACCGCAAGUAUCGCCAUCUGAUUCUCGAGUGGACCGAAAAAUCGAGCGUUGAGUAUUUCCUCGAUGUUCUAAAUAAGUUUGGAAAGGAUCUAGUGUCCUUGAAAUUGUAUACAUACAAAGUUACUCCAAAUAUUCUCUUAACGUUGCUGUUACGAACACCCAAACUGAAAGAACUAACCUUUGAGGGGAGACUCGAUAUCGACGAUUGUGAAAUUGACGAUUUCGCCCAGCAAUCGUUUGAAUCCUUACGAUCGUUGGAAUUUAAUCAGUCGUCUCUCGAACCCGAAUUGGUCCAGUUGAUCCCAAAAUUGUUCCCUAAGCUAACUUCGCUAGAUUUUGCUGCUGCUGGUAACACCGAACUAGAAUUGAUAUCGAUCUAUGGGAAACAGCUCAAGAAACUCUCCGUUCUGCUAGAUGAUGAGCAGUUCCGAAAAUUUUCACAAUUAGACUGUCUUGAGGGUAUAAUCGAAAUCGAUGUGUGUUGGCCACUGCAAACGAACACAGAAGCUUUGAACUGUCUUCUGCAAAUGCAUUUUGUCCGAAGUGCCACUUUCACUGGAAUACUGGAUGAACAAUCGUUUGACAUCAUUUGUAGCAAUUUGAAGCAUUUAGAGCAUUUGAGCAUAAGUUUGUACAUGAUGGAAGCAGAAUGCUUCCGAAAAAUUGCUAGUCUAAAUAAACUGAAAAAGCUAACGCUUCAGCGUGUUGAGAAUGAUCAUUUUUCCCUAGAGGGUAUUCAGUUAUCCACUGUGAGUCAUCUUUUUCUUGAUGGAAUAUCCUCGAGCCUUGAAUUUUACAAAUAUCUGCCCGGCUUCGUUCCUAAUGUAUCGUAUUUGAAGAUAUAUGAUUACAAUCUUCGUGAUAUUCAUCUUUGUUACCUGAUGAAAAACAUGCCAAGGCUUCGAGUCCUUUUGUUGGAUUAUUGCUAUCAGCUUAGUAGCAGCGGAUUCAAAUACCUACACUGUUUGACUGGUCUGCUGGAGUUACGUUUGUGGUCUGUGAACAUAACGGAGAGAGCAUUUUUUCGGUUCCCGCUUUGCCCACAUUUGCGAACGUUUAUCAUCGGAGGAUCCGCCAGAAUUGCCGAAAAGAUCGUACUGAGCAUCCCAAGAAAAUUUCCAAAUCUGAAAGAACUACGAAUAGUGGACUGCCCGUCAAUUGACGAUGAGACGAUUUAUACUCUCCAGGAAAUGUUAAAAAAGUGCGCGAUCGUAAAGUUGGAUAAACUUGAUGAAAACAAAGAGGAAGAAGUCACUUAUCACCAACAUUCAUAAAAUGUUGGUGAUAAUUGUCGUUUACUUUUGAUUAGUUUCCUUUCAAAAUAUAUAGGCUAUAUAGGGGCAAUAUGACCAGCCGGGGCAAAAUGGGCCUCCAUUCGUUUGUGCUUGUUAUUGAACCAAUAACACUUAUUUUCCAGCAAUUGCGUUAGAAAUACUCUUAUUAAGUAUUUCCGUGAAAACCGUAUUAAAA